GAGGCGGCGGCGGCCUCUCGGGGACAGCAGUCGGCGUCGCAAGCUCCGGCGCCGAGGGUUGCGGGCGCGUCCGCUCCCGGUGGGCGAGGCGGAGGCAGCGUAGCACCAUGGCGACCACCGUCAGCACGCAGCGCGGUCCGGUGUACGUCGGCGAGCUCCCGCAGGACUUCCUCCGCAUCACGCCCACGGCCGCGCAGCAGCAGCUGCAGCUGGACGCGCAGGCAGCCCAGCAGCUGCAGUAUGGAGGGGCGCUGGGCGCCGUGGGCCGCCUCAGCAUCACCGUGGUGCAGGCCAAGUUGGCGAAGAAUUACGGCAUGACCCGCAUGGACCCGUACUGCCGCCUGCGCCUGGGCUACGCGGUGUACGAGACGCCCACCGCCCACAACGGUGCCAAGAACCCUCGCUGGAAUAAAGUCAUCCAGUGCACGGUGCCGCCCGGAGUGGACUCCUUCUACCUGGAGAUCUUCGACGAGCGAGCCUUCUCCAUGGACGACCGCAUCGCCUGGACGCACGUCACCAUCCCCGAGUCCCUGAAGCAGGGCAAGGUGGAGGACGAGUGGUACAGCCUGAGCGGCCGGCAGGGUGACGACAAGGAGGGCAUGAUCAACCUGGUCAUGUCCUACACGUCGCUGCCAGCUGCCGUGAUGAUGCCGCCUCAGCCUGUGGUCCUGAUGCCCACCGUGUACCAGCAAGGCGUCGGCUACGUGCCCAUCACAGGUAUGCCCGCCGUGUGCAGCCCCGGCGUGGUGCCCGUGGCCCUGCCUCCAGCGGCCGUGAGCGCCCAACCCCGCUGCAGCGAGGAGGAUCUGAAAGCCAUCCAGGACAUGUUCCCCAACAUGGACCGGGAGGUGAUCCGCUCCGUGCUGGAAGCCCAGAGAGGGGACAGGGACGCAGCCAUCAACUCCCUGCUCCAGAUGGGCGAAGAGUCCUAGGGCGCCGGCUGCCACCUGCCUCGGCCCCUCUCCACUUGCUGGCCCCACCCCACCCCCGUUCCUGUGAAGGAGCCCCGUGUAGCCUUUUCUCGGCCCUCUGUAGCCCCAGUCCUCACCCUCGUUUGGGAUGCAUGUGGGUCCUUGGUCCCCGGCCACCGAGUGCCACCACUGCUCAAGUGCGGCUGUGGGCAGCUCUGCUCCUGGCUCUGUCGGGAGAAGAGCAGGCACGUGGGCCGUGUCCUGUGUCCACACACUCGCCCCCUUGCCGCUUGGGGACGAGUGUCUUCAAGUGCCGUGUGCUUCUGCUCCACGCGCUGUCUCGAGGGCACUCGGCAUGAGCAGCCUGCCUCCACCAGUGCUUCAGAGAGCGUCCCGGCCUCCUGGUGGGACCGCGGCAUGCGCUGUUCUACUUAGUCAGGUAGACUUGUAUUUCAGGUGCGUAGAACAUUAACAGCUGAUUGGGAUUACUUUUAUAACUCAAGCUUCAAGUUCACGUCCGUCCCUUGUUGCUCCUUGUCUGUGGUCCAGGGCCGUUCACCAGUGUCCCGGGCAGGCUGACCUCCGUGUCGCCAGCUGGCGGCAGAUUCAGCACCGAUGCCCGUCUACCUGCCUGUCCCCACCCGUGGGAUCUGGAGCAGGGCCACCCCAGGGACCCCGUUAUGCCUUUUCCUGCUGUGUUUCAUGCCAACUUUGUGGGGUGUUUUUCUGAGGGGCUGCCUCUCCUUUCUCUGACCAGCUCUUGGAACAGAACGUGAAACCGAGGGUGAAAAGUAGGAGGUGCCGUACUUUGUAUUUGUUUAUUAAAGGGCGUUAGGAACCGUUGCUUAGAACUGACGUUGAUUUAAGUGGACGUCGUGUACCAGUCUUGAGUUCAGUUUGGACGAAAACAGCAAACCAGCGAAUGUUAAGUCUUCCCCAGAGGCAGGGGAGCGUGUGCCGCGCUGUGGGCCGCGUGGCGGCCAAGGCUCCUGCUGUGGCCCCAGGAUGGGACAGGUUGGGGGGCACCUUAUGAAAAUCUGCGGUCGGGCACUGCCGCACCCCUGCCUGCAGGCGGGGAGUCCUGCUGCUGUGGGCGCCGUGGAGGGUCAGCGUGAGGCCCGGGCUCCGUCCAGCCUUCCCUGCACGCGGGGUCUCCUGUCAGCUGGAGGACGCUGGCGCCAACUGGCGGGGGCGUGGUGGGCCGGGGUCUGCGCACAGAAGCCUGAAGAAGCGUGUCCGGCUGGCAGGUGGCCAUGCCAGGCAAGGGUUCUCCGUGAAGACGUGCCUCGGCUCAGGUGGGUCCGGGCCUCUCGCUGGCCCUCGCGGGGCAUGCGUUCCCAUGUCACACGGUUUGGGCCCGUGACCGCGCGCAGACUCCUCUCCGAUCGGGUGGAAGUGGUGGGCAGGCCUGAGCGCUCAUCUAGGGGUGACCUUCACGGACACACAUCCAGGACCCCGGGGCCCCAGGGCCUCCUAAGUGCUGUGGGGAUGUGUGUGCGUGUUAGGGACGCGCUUCCCACAGGGACGGGCACCAGGUUCGCUCACGGGGCCUCAGCUGGCAGGAGGGGCCCUGAACCUAUCGCUUCUGCUCCCCUUUCUCGCGAACACCAUGUUUGUGGCGUCCCAGAAGGCCGUCGCUCCCCGUGCUGGCCGCCCUUUCCCCCUCCGGUCCCCGCUGUCCUGCUUGUGGGCUUGUGCCUGUGGCGGCCUGCUCCUCCCGCGGGAGGUCACAGUGCGUCUGAAGCGGCCAGGGGACGUGCUUCUCACACGGCUGCAGCGUGGCCACCGUGGACUCCCGUGAGCCAGGGUGGCUGGUGCCGGGGCCUCGGGCCCGUGAGCUGGCUGGUGGCAUUUCCUCUGGUUGCAGAGCCCCCAACGCGGUCGGGCAGUGAGGCCGGAGCGUCCAUGUCCGGGUUCUUCCCGCGCCUCCUUCAGCGAACAGACCCUUCCGGCGGCAGCUCUGUGCGCGCUGGCGGGACGAUCCUCAGAGCCGUUGCUGGGUCUUCUGUUGGGGUCCAGAGUCCAGAUCUAUCUUUAAUUGUAAAAUAUAUUUUUGCUUAUCAGCCUUCUAAUUUAAUAAAUGGUAUCUAUGAAAAUAGAAAAUUAAACUCCUUCAGUGAAACUUUA